CGGAGAAAAAAACAAUCUUUUGUCCUGGCUCUCGCGUCCUUGGGUUGUGAUUCUCGGUUUUGGUGGAAGGGCAGUCACAAUCUCUGAGGGUAAACGAGCUCGUCAGCUUUUUAGAAAUCACAGUUAUUACGUGGUGACUUUUGUAGUCCGACCUAUUUUGCUACUUCAUUACGUCUCCGUUGCUCCCUUUCCCGCAUCCCCCGCUCCCCAACACCUUUCCUGCUGCUGCAUGAGUUUAACCCAGAACCACUCGGCGCUUCUGCUGCUGGAUUCCGGGCGCUGGCGAAGCUCCUGAAGAUUGCAGUGCUUCUUCUCUUUGAUUUCUUUGUCAAUUCAAACACACACCAGGCAGUUAUAGCAUCUAGGGGAAGGUGUGAGCCAAGUAAAUAAUACAAAUAUGUUUCGUAUCAAACAGAUACAUUAAGAAGUUUCUAAUCAAGCUUUACCAAAACAUUUCUGACUGAAAAUUGCAACACAGGCUGUCUCGAGGGGGUAACAAAGUAUUCGGAUAGAUUUUACCAAACACUAAUUUAAUGCACGUAGAUUGAUCGACUCCGACUUAUAGAUUUCUUUUGUUUAAUAAUAAAUUAUUUGAAUAAAUAACUGUAAACUGUAAAUAAAUAAACUCUAUUCACUUCAUUGUAAUAGAUAUCACUGACAGCAUGCACGUCCAACUGAGGAAACGGAAAGCCCAACUGCUGGAAUAUCCUCAAUUCCAUUUCAUUAAACCCGAGACAGAAGAUGCUAGGCAAAACUAUCUUUAUCGCAAUAUUAUAAGUACGUUCUGAUUGUUUCAGCCACAAAAAUGAUGCGCGAAAAGUUGUGAUAAACUAACGGAAGAAAGAAAUAACAUUUUACAGGUUAGAUUCGGUGAAUUACAAGAUCUGUUGAAUGAAGAAAUGCAUGUCGUAUCAGUAACAGUGAAUAAGUGGACAAUAAUUUAGUUUGAGAGAAAGCGGCUCGUGUAUCAUUCGAACUGAUUGGAUUGUCCUGUUUAAUUGGUGAAGUUUGAUUCAGUGAUCUCUAGGUGGCGGUAGAUCUCCUUUGCAUGAAGAGCCGUCCAUGGUCCUGAAAAUGAUAAACUGGCGAUUGUGCGGGGGAAUACAAUAUCAAUGGGGAAAGUCAUUCGCAUUUAUAUCACUUUCAACAAAACAAAAUCUCACAAAUUAAAGUUGUAGCUUUUUUUUUCAUUUUGGUGCUUAAGCAAAAGAGUUACUCAGCCAGAGUUUGAAGUGGUCUUUUGGAGCUGAUUGUUUUCGGCAAGAACGGAAGUAAAUCCCUCGCACAAAUCAAACGGACAAAUCAACGCGGCAGCAGUGGAAUGUAUUAAUAAUUCCAAUGAUACUAUACACUGGGUCCCGACAGCCAAAUUCUGCUUCCUGAACAUACCGCAACAUCAAACGCCUACCUAAGGCGGAGACUGAAUGGACUCUGGGCAUUCCCUCUGGGACAAAGUAAUGGACACGUUUCCUCCUCAGUGUCAUCACUUUGAGCAAGACACGCAGGGAAAACGGCCGAGAGACGUAAGGUAAUGCUCAGCUCCGCCCGCCUUAUUGAUCCGAGAGCCAGAACUGUUCCAAGCACAGCGGGAGGAUAUCUACCUUGGCCGGGACAAGUCAGAAAGCCUGUCUAAAUAGAAGAAGCAAAAGAAAAGCGAGUGAACAUUCCAAGUGUAGCCGUGGUCCUCGCUAUUGCUUCGCAGACGUCAGUGUCAUUAUCAGCAUGGGAAGGCACACUUACAGACACCUAUUAGCUGUCUGACGUAUCGCGGACGGCGGCAGUAUAUAUUCAUUCACUCAAACAUCAUUCGUUGAAGGAAAAGCCAAUGAUUUACAGAACGACGAAAUGUAGAGACAGGGCUACAUUGCUUUUCCUUUUCAAAAAUGUAACUUCGCCUGGAAUUUGGAACCCAUUGGAUUGACACGGCUUCUCUCCAACUUGCCCAAGCUCACUCCUCCGCGCUCUCGGGAUGGAAAGAUUUAACAACAGCAGUUUCCCCCACUCUGUUUACACCCAGGCAAACCAGACUAACUUCUCAAAAGUGACGCUGACUUAUCAGGUGAUAACUUCAUUCUUCAUUGGGACUAUGAUCCUGUGCUCCAUCAUUGGAAAUACUUGUGUGAUCGCAGCUAUAGCGCUGGAGCGCUCUCUCCAAAAUGUGGCCAACUAUUUGAUAGGUUCACUAGCUGUUACAGACCUAAUGGUCUCGGUGUUAGUGCUGCCCAUGGCCGCUUUGUAUCAAGUUCUGAAUAAGUGGACCCUGGGACAGGUAACCUGUGACAUUUUUAUCUCUUUGGAUGUGUUGUGUUGCACCUCCUCCAUCCUGCACCUUUGCGCUAUUGCUCUGGACAGGUACUGGGCUAUUACAGACCCAAUAGACUAUGUUAACAAGAGGACUCCCAGGCGGGCGGCUGUUCUAAUCAGCCUGACGUGGUUGAUCGGCUUUUUAAUUUCAAUCCCGCCCAUGUUAGGCUGGAGAACACCCGAAGACAGAGCUGACCCUGAUGCCUGUAGGAUUAGUCAGGAUCCCGGCUAUACCAUUUACUCCACCUUCGGCGCCUUUUACAUCCCCCUGAUAUUGAUGCUAGUUCUGUACGGGCGAAUAUUCAAAGCCGCCAGGUUCCGCAUCCGCAAAACCGUGAAGAAAACCGAGAAGCAAAAAGUAGCAGACACAUGCCUGACUGUUUCUCCCGCCCCUUUCCAAAAGAAAAGCAAUGGCGAGAACAACAAGAACUGGAAGAGGAGCGUGGAGCCCAAGCCCUCCUGUACUAACGGGGCGGUCCGACACGGAGAGCGGGGCUCGGCUCUAGAAGUAAUCGAAGCACAGCAGAAAUCCAAAAGCCUCCUCCACCUGCCCAACAACACCAACAGCCAAUCCCCAACCUUCUUUGAAGCUAGGAAUGAUAAGAACAUUGAAGCCAAGAGAAAGGUGGCUCUUGCCCGGGAGAGAAAAACGGUGAAAACGUUGGGCAUCAUUAUGGGUACUUUUAUCUUCUGUUGGUUGCCAUUCUUCAUCGUAGCCCUUGUGCUGCCAUUUUGUGGACACCAGUGUUAUAUGCCAGUCUGGCUUCACUCUGUGAUUAAUUGGCAAGGCUACUCCAAUUCACUCCUAAACCCGAUCAUAUACGCUUAUUUCAAUAAGGAUUUCCAAAGCGCUUUCAAGAAAAUUAUCAAAUGCAAGUUCUGUAGACAAUGACCCAAUCAUUAAUUCGACUAUGGUAAUUCAUCAUUGCGAUAUGUUCAAUGUGAAGCAUGUGUUGACUUUCAAUAUUUUCACUCAAAAUGCAUUUGUAACAUGAGGGCAAGUGGAUUCAUCCUGUGAGAGGUUUUCUGUCGGCAGCUUUGAACAACAUUUACAAUAGGACAGAACAGCUACUCCCAUUCGGUGUUAACUUACUUCACUACACGUAAUGCCUCUGACUGUGGUUCAAAAGUGACUGCGUUUUUCUGCGGUUUAAUAAAAAUGAAAACCUGGACAUUGUAGCUGAAGUCCAGUGCGUGGGGGGAUAAUUACGCUAUUUACCCAAGGAAACGUAAUUGUUGGCUUCACUAGAUAUGCUUUGUCUCACAACCCAUAUAACAAUACUACACUGUGUGUUGAGGUUUUCUGCUUGUCUUUGGUGAUUUGCAAAGUUGCAGAUUUGGCCCUGUGAUCGUUCGCAAUCGGUAAAGUUACUAUCACUUCAGGUAAAAAUAAAGCUCGCCUGGUAAAGAACGAACG